ACAAGAGAGCGUGAGCUCUUGCUAUUUAUCCAGGAGCAGCGCCGCUGCGAGCUCUGUGUGCCUCAAGUUUACUCCCUUGAGCUCUUCCCGAGCAUUUACACGCGUGUAGCCAGACAAAGGGAGCGGAUGUGUGUUUUUUGUCCAUGAGGAAAAUGUGGAUGAGGUCAGAGCGAUCUGGGAAGUAAAGAGGCUUGUGUUUGGAGAGAGAUGUAUCAGCCGCGCUCGCAUCUGUCGCACACUUGAUCUGAUCACACAAGAGAAGAAGAGGUGCUCUGGAGCUGCUUACCUGUGCGUGAACACACCGUGGACACACACACGGACAGACGGAGGCAUGUGCUGUGUUACCGUAGCCUCAUGGGGUUUAUGAAGAAAUAACGGCUUCACGGACAGCUGCUGUAGGCCUCUCCGCUAAACUCAGCCUCACUGGACACGGUCUCUCACCCACCAGGAGAAAUGGGUCUAAUUUUCGCCAAACUAUGGAGUUUCUUUUGUAAUCAAGAACACAAGGUGAUUAUUGUGGGGCUGGACAACGCUGGGAAAACCACUAUACUUUAUCAGUUUUUAAUGAAUGAGGUGGUGCACACGUCUCCUACAAUUGGCAGCAAUGUGGAGGAAAUAGUGGUGAAGAAAACCCACUUUCUGAUGUGGGAUAUUGGUGGUCAGGAGAGUCUCCGCUCCUCUUGGAACACGUACUACUCCAACACUGAGUUCAUCAUACUGGUAGUGGACAGUACUGACAGAGAGAGACUAGCCAUUUCUAAAGAAGAGAUCUACAGGAUGCUAGCACAUGAGGAUCUGCGCAAAGCUGCAGUGUUGAUCUUUGCUAAUAAGCAGGACAUGAAGGGCUGUAUGUCUGCAGCAGAGAUUUCCAAAUACCUGACCCUCAGCUCCAUGAAGGAUCAUCCCUGGCACAUCCAGUCCUGCUGUGCGCUCACUGGAGAAGGGCUGUGUCAAGGUUUAGAGUGGAUGACCUCAAGAGCCGGGCUCAGAUAGCCUCUGAGUCUUCUUGUUGGACUGAUUGACAGCGAUUUCCACCUCCUCUGGUGGCACUGCAGGCUCAUCCCAUUGGCUGCUCAUGUUUUAUUUUUAAUCUCGCUCUGCAGCUGAACUCUCUGGACACCUACCUCAGCUGGGAUUUAUCAGUUACAUGAAUCUGGUUUGACAGUCUUGUCGAUCAAUAUUAAAUCAGGAGCGUCUGGAUUUUUGUACUGGGUGUAUAUCGGAAGAUCUUCAAAUUCGAAAGUAUUUCAACUUAAAGAGAGGCACUACAUUGCUGGUGUGUGUUUGUGAGGAGGGACUGUGUUUUUAACACUCUGACAGUGGAACAGAAGUUCUCCAAAUAAGUAUAUUAAGCUAAUCGUGUGUUUCUUUAAAUCUACUGGGAAGAAAUGAUUUGAAUGGUCUAAAUGUUACUUUUUCACAUGGGGAAUCUUUGGGUAAAUUGUUGUUAUUGUUUGGUUGUUUUUGGUUAUGCUUUUGGGGUAUCAAAUGUUUAAAGUGCCAUUGGUACCCAGCAACACCACCACAUAUCAUGAAAACACCUGAGCAUAUCACUUAGUACACAUUACCUCAAUCAUUAGUUACAGUAGAGGGUGCUGUUACCAUUUCAGACUGGCCAUUACAGCUUGAAAUGUCAUUGAUGUGAGAUGCAAUUUAAAGAA